UGAUGAUGAUGAUGAUGAUGAUGUAGCAGCCUAUUUAAACCGUCUCUGUUCUGUUGCACUGAAGCAGGUGACAGUUGAUGUUUCUUACGUGACGGUGCGCGUGUUUCCGUGCGUGACAUCAGCUGCAGCCUGGGAACACUGCACGCGCUCUGUUGUCACCAACACGUAGUUCUCUGCAGGGGGCGGGAGUCUCUCUAUACAAGCGGCCCCGCACCGGGACUCCUGUGUAGUGCUCCCCACACACACACAUACACACACACACACACACAGGCACGCAGGCCGCCUGGCUGCCGGGCAGAAAUGUCCCGCUCACCGCCCCACACCGGGGGAGAGUCGCCCUCCUCCCCGGGGCAAUCAGUGGAGAACGGCCUGGAGGUGGAGGAGGAGGAGGAGGAAGGAGAUCUGGACGACGAGGCGGACGCUUCCCGCCUGGAGAGGUUCAUGAGAGACCGGAGGAGAGCGCAGUCCCUGCCCGCCUACCCGGCCGCGCUCCUGGACGGUGUCCCCGGGAGCAACGAGAGGAAGCGGGUGAAGUUCGCCGACUCCAUGGGCCUGAACCUGGCCAGUGUGAAGCACUUCAGCUCGCUGGAGGAGCCGCAGAUCCCGAACAAAGUUCUGUCCAGGCACAAGAGCUUCCCGCCACAGCAGCAGCAGGACCUACUGAACGACCUGUGCCAAAGCUUCAAGUCCAACCUGGACACGGACCGUCUGUUCGCGUGCUUCCCGGAGCCCCGGGACACGGAGCGCAGGGUCCGGCUGCUCCGCGUCUGCCUGGAGAAGGUCACCAUCACCCAGUUUGACCUGCGGGGGCAGAUCCGGGUCUUAACCGGCUGCACCGACAAGGAGGUCGGGGUAAGGUACACCUUCAACGACUGGCUGUCCCACGUGGACGCGCAGGCUCUGAACGUGGCCGCGGAUCAGCCGCAAUUUGUGGGUGAGCGGUUCAACUUCACCGUGUACACACCGCCCUUCAUGGACACCAGCUCGGCCGUGCACUUCGCCGUGUACCUGAGGAAUGAGGAGGGGGAGUUCUGGGACAACAACGAGGGGCAGAACUACACCCUCAGGUACCACUGCAUGCCCAGCACCGCGCCCUUCGUCAGCGCCGCUUUCCACGCCACCUGACCGGCUCUGCGUUGUGCGUAAAAAGCUCUCCAUCCGUGCGUAAAAAGUUGUCCAUCUGUGCGUAAAACGCUCUACAUCCGCUCCGAGUGCUGAAAGAAACGCAGUGACAUGCAGCUGCUGCAUCUGGUGAAUAAACACAUCAUCUGUGUGCUCCACGUGUUUCUGAAGGACAACAACACAAGACACAUUAUUGAUGUUUUUUUCUGAACCUCCAGUCGGAUCAAACGGACUCUCUCAUGACCCGUUAGUGACGUCAGCCUCCUGGAUGUUCUGAGCUUUAAUGGACAACGAUUACAAUCAGUAACACAAGUGUCUGUCUCACUGCUGCUUUAUCUGUUAUAAGAGGAUGUGUAUUCUUUUCAAAAUAAAAGCUGUGCAUGGCAAAUGGUUUGAUGUUUACUGGCUGCUCCAGGUGAGCGGCAGGUGCAGCUGUCACGUCUCUUUGUGCAGCCUUGUAGUGACAAAUGACGUCACCCGUGUUGAUGGUGCGUUUAAUAAGAAUCAGGAAUGUUAGCAGUGGGCGUGUCUUACGUCACUCAGGUGCGCUGCUCUGCCAC